GAGAGCAUCGCACUUGCUCUCCUUCCCCGAGCCCCUUAGCAACGGUCACGGUUGAGCCCGAAGGAGACGCCCCCCCACGCGGAUUGGCUGCUCCCGACCUCUCCGCAGCGUCGAUUGGCUGAAGCGCGGAAGGCGGGUCAGGCCUUGGAAGUUCUGCGGGAGAACCGGUGGACCCCGAAGAGGCAGGGCCGAGCCUGCGGCACGGAGCAGUGGCCAAAUGAUCCGCCGGAAGUCCAGCCUAUUCCAGGGGCUGAGAAUGCAGUCGGAGCUGCUACAGCCCUCCGAACCACGGCGGGAUCCCGAGAAUGAUCUCAGCUCAGUGGGGGAAUCGGCCACGCGUGUGGGAACAGGUGUGCGGACCGAGUCGGGGACCGCGGCCUCAGUGAGAGCGGAUGACGAUCCUGCAGCCAACUUGUUCCCGCCUCCGCUGCCCCGACCCCGGGUCUGCAUGUGGAAGUACCUGGACAUCCAUUCCAUGCACAGGCUGGAGAAGACGGACAACACCGAGGCUAUGAGAGAGGUGCUGGCCGAGCUGUUGGGGUUAGGCUGCCACGAGCGGGGCCUGCGGGACGCCAUCACCCUGGACCUCUUCUCCUACGCUCUCAUCUUCUGCCGCCAGCAAAGCUUCUCCCUGGAGCAGACGUCAGCGGCUUGUGCCCUGCUCCAGGAUCUCCACAAGGCCUGUGCUGCAACCCCCUUGGGCAACGUGGAGGAAUGCUACCGCUCUUUCACCAGUGUGCUUUUCUGCCACGGAGUCAGGCGCCCCCCUUUCAGUAUCGACCUCUUUAAGGAGGAGCAGCUGCUGGCCCUAGCUGACUAUGUGGUUAACACUUACUUCCGUCACUUCAAGCUCUAUAAAUACGUCUUCACACCCCAGGUGCGGCUGGAUCUGUCUUUGACGUACCUGGGGCUGCAGGCACCCCAGCUCUUGCCAGAGGAGACAGAGAAAGAAGGAGCCGAGGAGGCGGAGAAGCAGGCAGUCACCCAACAGGAGGAGGGACCAGAAACAGCUGUCACGCCAGAGCCAGAGCCAGAGCCAAGCCAGGUCUCCAUCCUCGGUGCCUACAUCAAACGCCAGCUGAACAAGGAGCUGGGGCAGCUCCAGCAGCUGGUAGAGGAGCGGCUCAAGGCCAGUGAGCAGAGGCUCAACAGCAAGCUGACCGCACUGGAGCAGCCCUUCCGGCCACCUCCAGGCAAAGGCAGGGGCAAGGCCAAGUGACUCCCAGUGCUUCCCCAAUAAAGGCUUGGCCACAGCG